UACAUUAAUUUAGUGACCGUAUGCAUGUUAUUGUUUAACAUAGAGCGUAAUUCAUCCGGAGACGAGACGUGACAACGUAUAGAAACUGUGCGAUAUAGGCUGACGAUAUAGACACCGACGCACAUUUUAUCAUAGGCACUAGGCUACGUUUGGGGAGGGAAAACGCCUUUGCGAAAAGCAGUUGGACGACACCUACGUAGCCAACUGUGGUGGGAAAGGUUUUUAGAGGAAAACGUUGUCUGUCAAACGUCACAUGGGGUCAGGAACAAUCGCUUCCUGCAUCGCUUUUCGUCUAGGGUAGUUUAUUUAGUGCUCGACGAAGUAUUUAUAUAUGAAUAUCGCAGGCAGCGCCCGAAUCGCGAUUGUAACAGGAUGAUAAGCAAGGUAAAAAACGCCAUGUCCACUCUGGUCGGCGGUAUGAUACCGCACGGCCAUCACCAGCAUGGACCGGGCGUCAACGCACAGAACUGCGGUCCGGAUGGGCUUCCUCCUCGGUUCGCGUACUCCCGACCCGAGUUCUUGGACCUUACCCCGGAGCUACUGCAGUACUCGACGGAGCACGCAUCGCGGCCGGUGCUCACGUUGAAACGGGAUAGCAGGCUACCCUGGCGGACUGGAUACGCAGAGGUGAUCAACGCGGGGAAGAGCAUGCUGAACGAGGACCAGGCGAGCGGGGAGCUGCUGUUCGUCAAGAAGCCCAGCGGCAAGCAGCGCAACUCCACCCUGCUGGAGGACCCCGGGGACGGGACGGGACUCCCGCUGCACUUCUGGGGCGUGUUCGACGGGCACGCGGGCUCGGGCGCCGCCAUCAUGGCCUCCAAGCUGCUGCACCGGCUCAUCCGGGACCGGCUGUGCGACAUCGCCCACCUGCUGGAGGCCCCCGACGCCGCGCCGCCCAUCUGCCUGACCAAGAGCGGCAGCCCCUACCAGCUGGAGCUGAAGAAGGGCGCGGUGGAGGAGGACGCCGACGGCCCCGGGGACCCCACCGCCCGCUUCCACAUGGAGAAGGUGGUCAGCCUGGAGAGCCUGGUGAUGGGCACCAUCGAGAACGCCUUCAAGCAGAUGGACGAGCUGAUUGAGAAGGAGAAGGCUUCCUUCAGCAUCUCUGGGGGAUGCUGUGCCCUGACUGCUCUUCACCUACUGGGGAAACUGUAUGUGGCCAACGCAGGUGACAGCAGGGCCAUCAUCAUCCGGAACGAUGAGGUCAUUCCCAUGUCCAACGAGUUCACCCCGGAGACCGAGAGGCGGAGGCUUCAGUACCUGGGCUUCCUUAGGCCGGAGCUCCUGGGAAACGAGUUCACAUACAUGGAGUUUCCCCGCCGGAUCCAGCACAAGGAGCUGGGCAAGAAGAUGCUCUUCAGAGACCACACCAUGGCUGGCUGGGCUUAUAAAACCAUUGUAGAAGAGGAUCUCAAGUUCCCCUUGAUAUACGGAGAAGGCAAAAAGGCUCGGGUGAUGGCCACUAUUGGAGUGACACGGGGUCUAGGGGACCAUGACCUGAAGGUGUACAACUCCAACAUCCACAUCAAGCCCUUCCUGUCCUGCUGCCCAGAGGUGAUGGUGUACAACAUCGAAGACUAUAAGCACGGCCCAGAUGACGUGUUGGUGAUGGGGACAGAUGGAUUGUGGGACGUCACCACAGACCGGGAGGUCGCUGAUGCGGUGACGGGCUUCCUGGCAGGCUGUGAGCCCAACGACCCCAUGAGGUACACGCUGGCCGCCCAGGACCUGCUGAUGAGGUCACGGGGGGUCCUGAAGGAGAGGGGCUGGCGUCUGCCCAACGAGCGGCUGGGAUCGGGCGAUGACAUCACCGUGUUUGUCAUCCCCCUGGCAGGACCCCAGGCCGAGACAUGACGAGCCCCUCGUCCCCCAAUAAGGGUCUGAGGAUCGCUCCUAAAUGCAAGCCAGGCCCCGCCCCCUCCCCACGCGCCCCCACCCGUACGCCCCUGCCCCCUGCCCCCUGCCCCGCCGUGGGGUGCGAAUGCUGCCAUCCUCCAGCGGACGUCUUCGAUGUGCCGGGCUCGCCGACUCGCAGAGACCUCGUCCCUCAUCGUGUCCUCUUCCUCAUGUUUUCGGGCGUUUCGACGACGUUGCCGGCCCGCUCUCCAUCCAGGCCCGCCGUUUCCGUGACUCCCCUCCGCUGCCCUACGACACCCCCCCCCCCCCCCCUGAGCUCAGCGGCGCUUGUGUCCGCCCCCUAGCGAAAUCCCACCCACAUGAGCGCCAUCCCUGAGUACUUCCCAGCAUGCAGUGCAGGCUUCCUGACAUUAAAUCAUGACGAGAGUAGUGUUCAUGGCUUGCAUAACUCCCCCCCCCCCCCCGUCCGCCUCUUGCUCAGCGAGGGAAUCAGAUUCAUUACCAGAGGGUUCAGGGGUGCACUUCCCAGGUCUGAAUCACGCGUGUGAUCUGAAUGGGCUGACGUACUUGAAGCAAGGCACUGCACUUGAGCCAAACUCUUGGUGAUAAACCCCAGUGUGUGAAUGGGCCUGAUGGGUAAUGAUUGUGGAAGCACUUUGAGUCUCCUUGAACAAGCCCAUCUGUUAUUUUUAACGAGCAUUUCUUUCCUUUUACGCAUUGAGAUGUUGCUACAGAAUGUGUCUCUGGCUUGGAAGAUUUCUGAAGAACGCUUAACCUUUCAGCAUGCCGGCCAAACUUAAAGAGAAUUGUUUUGUUGCGUCCCAGGAGAGCUGGUAGACAGCUCAGUCCUUUCACUCAGAUGCACUGAAAGAAUCGCCUCUAAGAACAUCGAAAUGAAGUCCGGUGACAUAGCUGUCCAAGCAGCAUUCACAUCAGAUGGGUUUGAAAAGUCACAGGUACACUUGACUUUUAACUCGUCAGGCAGUACAGAAUAAUACAGAGGAAAAUGCACUGAUUAAGAUGAGCCAAACAGUAAUGAUUACAAAAUAAAGAGCAGCCGUCUAUCCAUGGAAAAAAAAAAACAGAAAAUGUGUCGUUCUUAUUUAAAAGGCGGAUUCUUUUAACCUGACCAUGGCAAUCACGACCGAACCCCCAUUCUGCCAAAGGCCUUAGUCAGCUGACACAGGCAGAACGAAAGCUAUGGCAAUGGGAGUCUCCGUGUAGAAAUGGCAGCUCUAAUUCCCAGCUGGAACUGUCGUGAUUGCCAUGGUACUGAAUGCCCAAAUAUUUGACCUACCUCCCCCUGUCAGACACUUUUAUUUGUGUUUAUUGCAAAUUGGUUUGCAGCGACCGUUGGAUAUUUCGGUCAGUAUGCUUACGUAGUGCGGACGCUCUGGCGUCUGCUGCUACGGCAACGAGCUGAGAUUGGCAUCGCGGCCUCCCUGUUAUGUGGGCUGUCUUUAUUUAGGACAGACUGAAGGUAUAACAGAGUUUAUAUAACACAAAAUGCUGCCUUACUAUGCUGGAGGUAUGACGAUGUUAUUGUGUUUGGUGAAGGCUGCAUCUGUCAUGAUUUUAUUCCUAUGGAGAAGCGAGCAGGCAUCCAUUUUGUGUCAGCUUCUCUUUCUUCCUGUUUCUUCUUCUGACCUUUUCAGUGUUUGUCAUGUUGAGGGAGACUAGCCGUUGCAUUGAGAACAAACUUGUUUCAUGACUGUAUCAUUUCUUUCACAUUGCCUUGUGUAUCUGUACAGUGUAAAUUUUUAGCAAAAUUAUAAUUUGAUAUUUAACUAUCAAGCCUGUAGCAUAAACGGUGUGUAGCCAAAAAGUACAUUAAAAAUGAAACUUUUUUUCACAAAAAAAAUAUAUAUUUGCAGUUUUGUCACCCGUCUUGUGAGCCUGUGAAAGAUACAACUAUUUUCUAACCCAGUCAUGCCAUCAUUGUGGUGAAUAUAAAACCUAAAGCAUUAUUUCUGGUACAGAAUGGCUGUUUCAACAUCAGCUGAUGUAAGUAGGCAGCAAUAGUACACACAGGACAUGGAAAGUGCAUAGCAUUAGUCACCCACCUACAUCAAUCAAUACGCUUCCAAUACAAUUAUUUGCUUUAAUUUAUCAUUAUGGAUUUUGUGGCUUAGCCAAUUAGCCAAAUCUUAGAUCUAACUCUUCUGUUGAAUUUUCGAGAUGUACCCUGGUUGGCUCUUUCAUAAUAAAAGCAUAAAAGUUUUAAAUGAUGAGAAUAGACUCAACAUUGUAUAAUGCCUAUGGCCUAGAUCUAGUUCUGUGCCAUUGGAAGGGUAUGUGCUUACAUAAUGUAUUCUUCCUCAGAUGAACACACUGUUGAUAUGCUAACAACCACUUUCUGGAGGAAUAUAGGAAUUCUCAAACUCUUUCCAAUUUAAGAGCUUAAUUUUGAUUGCAUACACUUUAGUCAGAACUUCCGCCUGCAGUAAUCACAUUCCUACAGUUAAGAAGUCUUUGAAGGGCUUGGAUUUGGGUGGGAUUUUAAUGGGGAAAAGGUUCUAAAGGAACAGUUAUGACAAGGAAGGUUGAGAACACAUCACCGUUUCCUGUGACAAAGAGUUCGGGGUCCAGAGUCAUACAGUUACGGCAGAUUUAACCCACUGUGAUGCGGAUGUGCUGUGAACAAUGGCAUUUUGUGUGUGUUUGUUUUGCAUAUAAUUAUAAACAGGCAAUGGGCCUACCUGUUGAAGUGCCCACACACUGGCACAUUCUGA